CAAUUCCCCCAUGAGCAAGCACUUGGCGACAGCGCAACAAGGCAAAAUUGGAGUGACAUUCAACAUUGGCACAGUGGAUAUCAGUGUGCAGGAGAGCAGUAUCCCAGUGAAUGAUGGGAAGUAUCAUGUGGUCCGCUUCACCAGGAAUGGUGGUAAUGCUACACUGCAAGUGGAUAACUGGUCCAUCAAUGAACACUUCCCUACAGGGAACAGUGACAUUGAACGCUAUCAAAUGGCCAAUAAGAAAAUUCCUUUCAAAUACGCCAGACCAGUAGAGGAGUGGCUACAAGAAAAAGGACGGCAGCUAACAAUUUUCAACACUCAAGCAACAGUUGCAAUUGGUGGUAGUGAUCGAGGCCGGCCAUUUCAGGGUCAACUAUCUGGUCUUUAUUACAAUGGCCUCAAGGUGUUGAACAUGGCCGCUGAGGGCAACCCUAACAUCAAGAUUAACGGCAGUGUGAGAUUGGUAGGUGAUGUGCCCAGUGUGGCAGGCUCAGCCAGGACCACAGCCAUGCCUCCAGAGAUGUCCACUACCUUCAUUGAGACUACUACCAUGAUGUCCACCACCACCACACGGAAACACAGAUCCUCCUCAACUGUACAGCAUACGCCAGAUGACAUGGGCUCAUCUGCAGAGUGUUCCAGUGAUGACGAAGACCUGGAGGAGUGUGAAACUAGUCAUGCAGGUGGGCUAGGAGCUGAAUUAGUCAUCUCAGUACUUGAGGAUCCAUUAGCGCACCCCCCUGUAGCUCCUCGUGCACCCUUCAUUCACACUCCCUCAACACACCACCCACUCCUCACCAUUAUUGAGACCACCAAAGAGUCCCUGUCCAAGGCCACUGAGGCGGGGGUACCUUGCUUGUCGGACCGAGGCAGCGAUGAUUGUGAUGAUGAUGGCUUGGUGAUAUCGGGGUAUGGCUCUGGGGAAGCGUUCAAGUCUAACCUGCCCCCUACCGAUGAUGAAGAUUUUUACACGACCUUCUCCUUGAUAACAGAUAAGACCUUGUCCACGUCGGGCUUUGAAGGUGGCUACAAAGCUCACGCGCCCAAGACUUUUAGACAAAACAAACAUUCAGUCUCCAGACGCGGUAGGACUACCACUACCGCCAUACCACUUACCGCCGACCAGAGCCGCACCACCGCCACCUCUGCCUUCACUGCCACCCUCCACAAUGCUCCCGCCAAACAGCUGGCUGGCAAAAUGAAUAACCGCGAGCUAAAACCCCAGCCCGACCUAGUGUUGCUUCCAUUGCCCACAUCCUUUGAGGUAGACAGCACCAAGCUGAGGGGCCCAUUAAUAACCUCCCCCAUGUUCCGUAAUAUACCCACAGCACUCCCCACAGAACCGGGCGUCAGGCGUGUUCCAGGGCCCUCAGAAGUGGUUCGUGAAUCUAGCAGCACCACCGGGAUGGUCAUCGGAAUAGUGGCAGCCGCUGCCCUGUGCAUCCUCAUCCUUCUUUAUGCCAUGUAUAAGUACAGGAACAGGGAUGAAGGGUCCUACCAGGUGGACGAGAGCAGGAACUACAUCACCAACUCAGCUGUGCAGAGCAAUGGCGCUGUCAUGAAGGACAAACAGCAGAGCUUGAAAGGCAGCAACAAAAAACAGAAAAAUAAGGAUAAGGAAUAUUAUGUGUGACUGUGAGACUUAUGUCAACAUGAGACAGUAAAGAAAGAAAGCACUAAGAGAACAUUUACUUUCCGCAAGGAGCUAUGACAAAUGAUGGUAUAACAUGGAUGUGCUGAGUAGUUGAACUGAUGACAUGUACUGUAAUAUAAAGCACACUUACUAUUGUAAGCAUAACGAGAAGGCUAAAUAGCAACUUUAGAGACCUUCCUCUUCUAUCUGGUCAGAGACGUUAUCAGUAUAGAAAUAUUUCACAGCUACAUCAUUCUCCUAAGUGACUUUUAGAGCAAUGUGAUCCUUGGCAUUAAACAAAAAACUUUUUUGUAAAAUCACAAAAGGCUCAUAAUCUUGACCAUUUUCAGCAUGUAAGCGACAUGUAGUGCUUAACAAGAGGGUGUCAGACACGCGAUCGUUGUCAAAGUAAAAAAGGACUCUUGUAUCAGAAUACGACAAAAUUUGUAUGGUUUAUACAUAAAAGUGUGGUAUCUUACUUAUUUUUGCUUUCAGCAAAUGAAAAAAAAACCCAAAAAGAACAGCAAGAAAUUUUCUGUGUAUAAAAUGAAAGCAAGUGAGCAAAUUGCCAUGGGCAGAUCUAAUUGAAUCUGUUCACUCUGGGAUCUGAUGUACCACAGUUAUUCUCAUUGUCUGACAGACAGUGACUCACUUUGUGGAAACAUGUGGUGGUUGUCUUGGUAAAAAGCAACUGAUUGUAAAAUGCAUGCCAUCCUAAUUUUACAGUAAAGUACAGUACAGUAAAAGUCCAGUAUACAGUGUUACACUUGGACCAUGUUCUAUCUAAUGCCAAGACAGUUCAUCAUCUGAUCAGAACUUAGCCCCUCCCCUCUUUUUGAAGCCCUCAAAGAUAUUAAUCAUGGAAAAAAAUGAUUCUCUUAAAGAAAAAGUCUAUUAAUGAUGCACAGCAAGUGGUGGUCUUAUCUUUUUGCAAAACUGUAUGUUGGUUCAUUGCCUAUCAUUCCGUUUUUCUAUGGAGGUGUCAGGAGAGAGACAAAUGCAGUACUACAUUGUUAACAAAUGUGUAUACAGAAAUAAAUCAAAUGGUGAAAGUGUGAGUUCUAUCUGCUGUCACAGUCGACUGUGUCAAAAACAAGAAAUUUGUUUACAUAUUUUAUUACAUGCUAGCUGUUGUAAUUUGUAGGUAGGAUAUUGUACAUAUACCAUGACAGUUGUAAUUUUUUAGUACCUCUAUUGUACAGACUGGACAUAUGGUUUAACAGCAUAUUUCAUGACAAAAUCUAUUAACUGUUAAUUUACAUGGAGAAAAACUUUAGUCAGAAUGUGGAGAAUCAUAUUGAUAUUUCUUAUAAAAUAAAAAUGUAUUGUUAGCCUAGAGAUCUAACCAGAGAUGUUUCUAAAGUUGCAUGAAUAUUUAACUACUUGCAGUUGUCCAACAAAUACAAGGUGCCCUUCCUUCUGUAUCAUGGCUUUCUUGUUCUGGGUUACACUAGUGUUAUUUCUUUUUGGAAGAGAAUAAAGUCAGAGUUAUGACAGAGAGAAAAACAAAAAGGCUGUAAUGGUUGGGGGUUCACAGUUAAGAAGAGCUGAAAUUGUGGUAUUUUUGUUGUUGUUUGUUGUUUUCUUUGUUUUUUUUUAAUCGGACUGGUCACUUCAAAUCAUUGUCUUGUCAUCUUUCUUAUCAUUAGUUAACAUCUUGUUUUGACAAUAUUUUACUGUCCAAUUAUGUUCCCAUUCUCUGCCAUUGUCAUUUAAUACUUUGUUAUUUAAUGAUGUGGAGGUGAAGUCUUUUUCUU